AUGGGGUGCCACGGUGUUGUUAGUCUGGUCGCGCUCCUGCUCGUGCUGCUGCUCCGGUGGCCGGCGUUGAGCUCUGCGUGGGCGCCGGUGUCAAGGACCAUCACCGUGGACAAGAAAGGGAGAGGGGAUUUCAGAAGCGUGCAGCCGGCGGUGGACUCCGUGCCGGACGGCAACCGGGAGUGGGUCAAGAUCCUCGUCCGGGCAGGGCACUACAAGGAGAAGGUCACCAUCCCAAAGGAGAAGUGCUACAUCUUGCUCCAAGGGGAGGGCCAGUCGACCACGGAGAUCUACUACGACGCCAGCAACAACGGCACAGUCGACGACCUGCACCUGCUCAUGCGCGGCGGCAGCGCGGGCGCCUACGCGUCAGGGACGUUCGAGAGCGCCACCUUCACCGUCCUCGCCGACGACUUCGUCGCCCGGGACAUCGCCUUCAUGAACUCACACAACGGUUUUGACAAGCGAAACGUGAGUCAGGCGGUGGCGGCGCUGGUUGGCGGCGACCGGAGCGCUUUCUACGGCUGCGCGUUCACCGGCUUCCAGGAUACGCUUUGCGACUACACCGGCCGGCACUACUUCCGCGACUGCUUCAUCAAGGGCGCCGUCGACUUCAUCUUCGGUUACAGCCAGUCCAUCUACGACGGCUGCACCGUCGUGUCCAACGUGCCCAUGUCGCACAGCCGGCAGCCAGGGUGGGUGACGGCGCACGGCAGAAUCGGCGCCAGCAGCCCCGGCGGGCUGGUGUUCAAGGGCGGCGAGAUCGGAGGGACUGGCCGCCAGUACCUCGGCCGUGCGUGGAACGAGUACGCCACAGUGGUCUUUUACCACGUGAACAUGUCCGGCGUCGUUAUCCCGCAAGGAUGGGAUGGCUCGAAGAACGUCGGCCCCGAUACGAUGUUCGCAGAGGUUGGUAAUACCGGGCCGGGGUCAGACAUGGCCAUGAGAGUGCCGUGGGAGAAACAUCUGACCGAUGCGGAGGUGAAGAGGUUCGUGGACAUCAGCUUCAUCGAUGAUGGUUGGCUAGCCAAGCAGCCAUAG